AUGGUGAAGAAGAGGAAUACCACCGCCGCUGCUAGCUCCACCAGCGAAGAGGCAGCGAAUAUUCCUGUCGAUGCCCUAGAAAGAGUUGCAAAUAACUCCCCGUCGAAUGAUGUGUCGAUGGUUUUUGCUUCUCACCAGCUUACACAAGAACUUCUCAUGAAGGGGAAGAGUGUUCUAGCACAGAUACACUCGAUGAUCUUCCCCAAGAUUAAUCAAGAAAAGAACCUGGGACAGAUGAUCGAUUCCUUCGCGGUUAACACCAAGGAGGCCAUCGAGGUCUUCCCAGUACCUUCGUUUACAGACGACUCGUCGGGUGCGCUUUCCGAAAGCGAUCGGAUCCAGCGCAUGAAAGACCGAAUGACGCAGAUGGAGAAGGAUUUACGCAGCACUUAUGCCUUAGCUGCCAUCAUUAAUAAAAAAGGCGAGACUGCAGCCGCCGUGGAACGCCGCCGCCUCGGCGCCUUCCAGCGCUGGAUGCGCAAGCACGGCGUCGCCUGCAGCGACGCGCUCUGCCUCGACGCCUCCGAGGCCGGCGGCGUCUACGUGCGCGCGGUCGCCGCGCUCCGGGAGGGCGACGUCGUCGCCACCAUCCCGCGCCGCGCCUGCCUGACGCCGCGCACGUCGGGAGCCGCGGCGGCCAUCGAGGCCGCGCAGCUCGGCGGCACCCUCGCGCUCGCCGUCGCCGUCAUGUACGAGCGCGCGCGGGGUGCCGAAUCGCCGUGGAAGGACUACCUCCGCCUGAUCCCGGACCGUGAGCCCGUGCCGCUUGUCUGGCCAGACGACGAGGCAGACCGCCUCCUUACCGGCACUGAGCUCGAUAAGACAGUGAAGCAGGACAGGGGAUUCCUUCGUGAGGAUUGGAAAGAAUGUAUCGAGCCGCUCAUUUCGUCUGGAGAACUGGGGGUUGAGCCAGAGGAUCUUAGCCUGGAGAAAUAUUUUGCUGCUAAGAGUCUUCUCUCUUCAAGGAGCUUCCAUAUAGAUAGAUAUCAUGGAUCUGGAAUGGUUCCCCUGGCUGACCUUUUUAAUCACAAGACUGAUAGUGAACAUGUACACUUCACUAAGUCAGAGGAGUCAGACUCGGAUGAAGAAGAAGAUGACGAUGAUCAAAGCAAUGCAGACUCAGAUCAAGAAGAAGAUGACGAUGAUCAGAGCAAUGCUUCUGCUGAUAAACAGUCAACUGUAAAAAAUUCCACCACCAAGCCUUCAGGUGAAGGACAUAACGAUGAGGAUUUGGAAAUGAUUAUUGUGAGAGAUGCCAAUCCAGGGGACGAGGUUUAUAAUACGUAUGGUACCAUGGGAAAUGCGGCUUUGCUUCAUCGAUAUGGUUUUACAGAACCUGACAACCCAUAUGACAUUGUCAACGUCGACUUAACACUGGUUACUAAGUGGUGCUCAUCCAAGUACUCCCGUCGAUAUGCAAGAGAAAGGGUAUCAUUAUGGCAGAAGCUGGGCUAUUCAGGCUGCACCGGUGAUGAUGCUGACUACUUUGAGAUCUCAUAUGAUGGAGAGCCCCAGCUUGAACUUUUAAUCCUCCUUUACGUCAUCUCUUUGAAACCUGAUGCUUAUAACAAGUUGGUCUGCGUAGCUCAUGAUCUGAUUGACGAUGAUGACCAGGAGGAUGAGGAAGAGGAUACUAUCAAUAGUUUUGUUAAGAUUGUCGGAGUAAUAAAACCUGCCAAAAUUUCAGAACUGAACGGUGUUGAGGAACUACCUGAUGCGAAGCAGCUACUGCAUAGUGAGAGCAUUUGCACUGCACUUGCAUCCCUUGCUGACAUUAGGGAGGGCUUCUAUGGUUCCAACACAUUAAAAGAUGACAAGGAACAGCUGCAGGCAUGCUCUCCUGUGAGCGAGCGGAAUCGUUAUCAUUCUCUGGUGCUGCGGGUGAGCGAGAGGAAAAUACUUGGCAGAUUGAGGAAACAUGUCUCUAGUUGGUCAAAGACCAAGAACAAGAAGAGGAAGCAUCUGUAGCAAUUGAAUUUUGAAAUCACCCUGCCGGUGUAUUUUUUGCCUUGUUUAGAUGCGUUAGCAUCCUGUAGUGUUCAGAUUGCCGAUUGAAUUUGGGUAAGGCAUUAGCAUCCUUCUUCAUGUAAUGCUGUGACUUGUAAUCCCUUGUCAUUUUUUUUUCCUUCUUCAAAAGUCGAGAUCUUUUUUUAA